AUGACUUCCUACUUCAAAGAAAAAAUCACCGGUGCUCAGUCAGAGGUCGACAGCGGUGGUAACGCCAGUAAAUACUUUAUCCAAGUGUCUGCAGCAACCUCGUAUGAUGACUCCAAGGCUAAACAAGUCAUCAUCAAUGGUGCACCUACGGAACUAAACAAAAAUGCCAAGGUUGCUGUACGUAUCAAGGAAUACCAGGGUAUUCCCUUGGACUCUCCGGCUACGUCUUCGUAUUUUGAGGAUCGGGCACAUGCGAAUGAUACCUACAGUAUAGCGGUCUCUUGGAUCCCUGAAGAAGACAUUGAUGCAAAUGACUUGGUCUGGGGUAUUGAACUUAUCAAUCCAAUCCGUGAUCGCAUACCUGGACGUUUUAUCACUACUGCCUUCAACAUCGUCAAAGGCUUUGUAGACUCAAGUCUCAAAUGCGACCCUAAUGCAGACCAACCCUGGCUCAACGGACCCGUCCUCUGCUCUACAGCAAUAACCUUCAGCAUCGGCUCCAAAAACACCUGCGAAAUCCCAGCAAUCCUCGCAGAAGGAAGUCUCUCCGACGACUCUUUAAUCCGCAAAACCCACAACAUUCCACCAUCAGAAUCACAACGUCGCAAAUACUUCCUAGACGAGAAGAAUCGCAAAGACUUUGUGUUUGAAAAGGGACGUUGUUAUGCCUUUGAUUUCCACAACGGCUACAUAGAUUGGAAGAACUACGCUCUCAAGCUUCCUGGUUUCUCGUUUGGAGUUUUGAAAUACAUCAACGAUCGAACGCAUACGACACGCUUCGUUCUCAAAAGCCGUAAAACUGGAAAAGUGUGUGUGGCAACUACUUUCCGCCUGCUGUACGGCGAAGAACUGGAAAAGGCAAAGAAGCAGAGAUCAGCCAAAGGAGCAAACACCGCCACCGCAACCGCAAAACGGACACCAAGAAAACUCGAAAGGCGACAAGGAAAUGCUGGAGCCGCUAAAGGGGCCUGA